AUGGCACGCACAGAAACCACAGUCUCGCGCGAACGCGUCACAGUAAUCCGCCGCUACCCCUGGCCCGAGAACCUGCUCAAUUGGUGGACAAUCGUCAUGCUAGCUACCGGCGGCUUACUCACUGGCGUCUUUGGCGACUUUAUGAGUAUACAAAACCGAAUGGGAUUGGGCACGCCAUGGCUGUUUCCCUAUGCCGUCACUGUGGGCUCUCUCACCAUCUUCUUUGUCAUUCUCAUGAUCAUUCUUCUGGCGCAGAAGAAACUUCAACCGGCAUGGGUGUUGCUGGGGAGUUUUAUCUUGAUUGCUCUCUUCCUGGCCGGUCUCAUCGAAACAGCAAUCCAGUUGUUUGGAAAUGUGCGUUUCAUCUUGUCUCUUAUCUUUUCUCGUUUGUCUUUUCUCCUGCUAACACAAGUGACANNGGGCAAUGUAUCCACCUACUGCAAUCGCUACGUCAACAACAACAAUAUCCGCGGCGUCAGCAUCGAUACUCUGGCUUGGCUGGAGCAAAACUCCAUCUGCUCGCAGUGGGAUGCGGCAUUUGCUUUCUGGAUCAUUGGCUUGGUCUUCUUGAUCUGGAUGAUGGUUAUGGCUGCUCAGGUGAAUAACAAGCGUGGUUUUUAUGAGUGA